CUAGCUAGACCAACCUUAGUCACAUAUUCGUCGUUGAAGCGGAAACUCCACUACGCCACCGCGCACGCCGCCAUGUUUCGGUCGUUAAACGCCAUCACUGUGGCGGUCGUUCUUGUGUGCUACUGCUGCUGCUCGGUCGUGUCUGCCCCAGCCGCCUUCAGGGAUGAAGAACAAACGAACUCCCUUUCUGCUAACGAUGCACAACAGUACCACAUCCCGUCCCUUCUAACACAGCGGAUACGAAGCUGCAUGGAUCGACUGGAUGGCAGUAUCGAGUCCAGCCAAGUGAUGAUCACCGCACUGGUGCAGCAGCUGAAUCAUCUGGCUGUGGAAUCCAGUCCAGACCGACCCGCUGAAGACGGUGAAGCUACUAGUGUGCAGUUUGUUAGAAUUCAAACGACAGACGACCGGGGCAUGCUAAUAUGGACCUCCAAUGGGUACUACAUUUCGCUGUCCUUCAUCCUGUUCCUGCACCUGAUGAUACUAUUCGUAUUCGGUCUGAUAAGCCUCUGUUUUUCGAAACCAUCUGCUGCUAGUGCCCAACCGAAGCAUCUUAAAAAAGAACUUCUGCUUCCAUACCCGAUCGUGGCCAGUAUUGUGGCGUGGGGCAUUGGACCUCUGAUCGAUCAUGCGCUAGCAAUCAAGACCCUCAAGGCAGAUACCCAAACGUGGUCGUCGUGA